AUGUGCCUGAGCGCUGCCGAUGGCUUUAUGAACUUCGUUAGGCCGGUGCGGGCCGAUGCACCCCUCAUCUGCAAGGGCGACGUAACGGCUACGACCUCUCAAAAGUCCCGAAAGCCGCAGCCGCCCUCGCCCCCCUCCAUGGGCGCAUCCGCGGCGGAGGGGGACAGCGACGGCGACGUCAACGUUGCAACGGCCCACACCACAGGUGCCGCUGGCGAUGGUUCCGAUAAUGGUGGCGUUAGUGCUGCGAAAGAGAUGAAGGCCGAGCCGCAGAGCAUCGGUAGCGACGGCAGCAGCAGCAUCACCACCACCACCACCAGCGGCGGUGCUGAUGCGCGCAACGACGGUGGCGGCAGCGGGCAGGUGGAAAUGGACAUUGAUGGGGAGGAGGAGAAGGAAGGCGACGCGGCGGAGGAGGGGGAUGAGCGGGAGAGUAAUGAUGCGCCGGGCGAGGGCGGCGUGCAGCCUCCACCAAAGCGGCGGAAGAAGGAGACCCCGGAGCAGCCAGGUGCAGGCAAUGGCAGCGGCGGCGGCCAGCCGGGAGCUGACGUUGGAAGUGGCCGCAGUGAGGGCAGCGGCGGCGGCGGACUGUCGAAUGCUAUUCGGGCGGUGACGGUGGCGGUGGCAGAGGUUGCAGCAGCUGUGGCGGCCAAUAACUACGUUCCCAGCGGCGGCGCCGCCGCCAUCACCCGCGGCAGUGGCGGCGGCGGGGGGGGAGUUAAGAGUCCGCAGCCCGAGGGGACGCGGAAGGCGGCUGCUGACGGCACGACGUCGCAAAGGGAUGGCACCGGACUUCGGGGUCGGGGUGGGGACUCGGGCACCGGCACUGGUGACAGCGCAGCGGCGGACAUGGAGGUCGACGAGGAGGACGACGACGGCGAGGCGGCGGCAGAGGAUGAUGAUGAGGAAGAGGAAGAGGAGGAAGGAGACGGCGGCGGGAAGGAGGCGGGCGACGAAGAAGUUGCUGCCGCUGAUGACGCUGCGGCUGCUGCUCCUAAUAAUGAUGACGGCGACGAAGAGGAGGAGGAGGAGGAGCGCGGCAGGGAAGGAGGUUCGGUGAUGCGCCGGGGCAGUGGCCGCGGCCGUCGCGGUGGUGGUGGUGGUGGUGGUGGUGGACGCCGGGGCCGAGGCCGCGGCCGCGGGCGGGGUAGCCGGGGUGGCAUGCGUGGCCCAGGUUAUGGCCGUGGCCGCAGCCGUGGACGCGGCCGUGGCCGCGGCCGGCGCGGUGGGGCUGCGGCCGCCGGCUUUUCCCCCAGGAUUCUUAGGUCCGCUGCUGCUGAUGAUGUUGAUGAUGAUGAUGUUGAUGAUGAUGUUGAUGAUGAUGUUGAGGUCGUUGUACUGGAUGAUGAUGAUGAGGAGGAGGAGGAGGGGGCUGGCGCCGUGCCAGAGGUGGCUGCUGAGGACGAGGGGCCGGCACAGGAGGACGAGUUGCCUGCGGGGCCCGACCGGGAGGAGGCGGAGAUGGAGGAGGAGGAGAUGGGCGAGGAGCUGCCAGCAGAGGUUGCAGACCUUUUGUGGCCGUAG